GACCACCCGAUGGCCGUGAGCCGUGAGCAUUCCCCGUACGACGCCGAGCUUCCCAGCACCGCGCCCGCCGGGUCCCUGGUGCUCGAGAAGGGUAACAUCCACUCGCUCGCAGCCACCGGCUGCCUCCUCUACGGGGGCUUCGACAGCAAGAACAUCCGCGUUUGGAAGAACCAGCAGGACUUCGCGGAGUUCAAGUCCAGCAGCGGGUUCGUGAAGGCCAUUGUCGUCGCGGCAGACCGCGUCUUCACCGGCCACCAGGACGGCAAGAUCCGGGCGUGGAAGGUGUCCCCCAAGGACGCCACCGUGUACAAGAGGAUUGGGAACCUCCCCAGGCUCAAGGACAUCCUCUGGAGCUCGCUCAACCCUUCCAACUACGUGGAGGCCAGGCGCCACAGCAGUGCCCUGUGGAUCCGCCACUCCGAUGCCAUCUCUUGCCUCAGCCUCAACGAGGAGCAGGGGCUGCUCUACUCCGGCUCCUGGGACAGGACCUUCAAGAUCUGGCGGAUCUCCGACUCCAGGUGCCUCGAGUCCGUCGUCGCCCACGACGACACCAUCAACUCGAUCGUGGCCGCCGUCAGCGGGCUCGUCUUUACCGGCUCGGCCGACGGCACCGUCAAGGUGUGGCGGCGGGAGCUGCACGGGAAGGGUACCAAGCACGCGCCGGUGCAGACGCUCCUCAAGCAGGAGUGGGCGGUGACCUCACUCGCGAUCAGCCCCACGGCGCCCGUCGUCUACUGCGGCUCUUCCGACGGGCUGAUCAACUUCUGGGAGGGGGAGCAGCAUCUGGUACACGGUGGGGUGCUCCAGAGCCACAAGAUGGCGGUGUUGUGCCUCGUGGCUUCCGGUAACCUCCUGCUGAGCGGCUCCGCCGACACUACCAUCUGCGUGUGGCGCCGCGAGGGCGCGGUGCACACCUGCCUCUCGGUGCUCAGCGGCCAUGCCGGGCCCGUCAAGUGCCUCGCGAUAGCACCGGACGCCGGCGGGGAUGAGGACGGCGGCAGCGGCGCCACGAGGUGGACCGUGUACAGCGGCAGCCUAGACAAGUCCGUGAAGCUGUGGCGCGUGUCCGAGCAGGCACCGGAGGCGCUGCUGAGGGGGCCACAGCUCGUGCCGGUGGGACCCGGCGACUCGAAGGCGUGCUAGGCGAGCAACGGAAGCGGCGGCGAUGGCUGCGGCUCGCAAGUAUGAGCGGCCGUGUCAGAACGUGACACGCUCACGACCACCAUGAGCCAUGUCUGCCGCAAAGUCAAAGCUCCAUCACGUGCACGUGGCCAUCAAUUUUCGUGCAAGCACAGGAUGGUGAUGCGUACAAUGCACUGUGAAUACAAUACCUGAGCGUUUGAGGGCCUCAAGAUAAAAAAAAAAUUCCCAUUUUUUAUAUUCUCGUGUAUUUAUUAUUUUUAAUAUCAUUUUUUUUAAAAGAAAAAAAAAUAAAAAAAAAAGAGAGAACAUUUUAUUGCAAAAUAAU